CCUACUUCCAUUCAUUCAUCACUCGCUCUCACAUACACAUACCAAACAAAACCUUGGUGGCGGAUACUCCUAGGAAAUCUCCCUCUCUUACUCCCUUAAAAGCUAAACUUAACAUAACAAUUCAACCCAACCCUUCCGACAACACAUCACAGCCACCAACCGCAACACAAGAGAAGCCUACGCUCUUGUGUUCCGUUUCUUUCUUCACAUUCAUUCCUGCCUUCUCUUUCUUUCUCUGUGUCUCUCUCAGAUCUCGAAAAUGCAGAGCGCGGCUUUCACUCUCUCUCCGUCGCUCUCUCUUCCUCUCCGCAACUAUUCUCUAAACGCUUCUAGACCUUCCCUCCCUCUCAGACUUUUCGCCAAACACGCAGAAGGCGUCAACUCCAAUGGCGCCUCUUCCACUUCCUUCAUCCGCCGAUCUUGGACUGUCUCUCCUUCCUCUUCCUUCAAGUUCCGCCCGCUCCCUCCCUCUCCUCCGCGCGCCGCGGAGAACGCCGUUCCCGACAGCGCGCCUGCCGAAAAUUCGCUCUUCAAAACACUCGAGCUCGGCUCCUUGUUUGGCCUCUGGUACCUCUUCAACAUCUACUUCAAUAUCUACAACAAACAGGUGUUGAAGGCGUUUCAUUAUCCGGUAACUGUGACUGUUGUUCAAUUUGCGGUUGGGACUGUGCUCGUGGCGAUUAUGUGGGGUUUGAAUCUCUACAAGAGGCCGAAGAUCAGUGGUGCUAUGCUUGGAGCGAUUUUGCCACUGGCUGCGGUGCAUACGUUGGGGAAUCUUUUCACUAAUAUGAGUCUUGGGAAGGUGGCCGUGUCUUUCACUCACACUAUCAAGGCCAUGGAGCCUUUCUUUUCAGUGGUCCUUUCUGCCAUGUUCCUUGGAGAGUUUCCUACACCUUGGGUGGUUGGUUCCCUUGUGCCUAUUGUUGGUGGAGUUGCACUGGCGUCUGUUACUGAGGCCUCUUUCAAUUGGGCCGGAUUUUGGAGUGCAAUGGCCUCAAAUGUGACAAAUCAAUCCCGUAAUGUUCUUAGCAAAAAGGCUAUGGUUAAGAAUGAGGAUUCUAUGGACAAUAUCACUCUAUUUUCUAUAAUAACAGUAAUGUCCUUCUUCUUAUUAGCACCAGUGGCUGUCUUCAUGGAGGGUGUCAAAUUUACCCCUGCUUACUUGCAAUCUGCUGGGGUAAAUGUUAAACAACUUUACGUCAGAUCUCUUCUUGCCGCACUCUGUUUCCAUGCGUAUCAACAAGUGUCUUAUAUGAUAUUACAAAGGGUAUCACCUGUUACCCACUCUGUGGGCAAUUGUGUGAAGCGGGUUGUGGUCAUUGUUAGCUCUGUCAUUUUCUUCCAAACACCUGUCUCACCUGUGAAUGCUUUUGGUACUGCUAUAGCUCUUGCUGGCGUGUUCCUCUAUUCAAGGGUGAAGCGAAUUAAGUCAAAGCCAAAAACAGCUUAAUUUUCAUUGGUGAAAUUUUGUUAGUUGCAUCUCGAAAAGCCAAAAUAGCUGCAACAUUCUAAUUUCUUUGUAGGGGCGAUAUAGAGAAUAUGAGGAUUACCUUUAUCUACCUUCCUUUGUCCUUUUUUUAUCUUGUGGAUUUCAUUAUUUGUGUCUGAGUAAGUACCUAUUGGUUUUGCUCCACGAAAAAAAAAAAUAUUUUGGUCA